AUGACUACCAUGCCUUGGAGCCCAUUUGCUGUCUGCGGAAUCCCUCACGGCGGUCCUGUGUCCUGUUGCGGGGUGACGAAGAAAGGCCAGCCGUGCAAAAACUCUGUCAAAUUUCAAGACACCAAGAUCGGCUAUGAAAGGUUGACCACUCUCGCCAGAGAGCCGUUUGACUUGUCAACUUUGCAGUCAAAGCUAUGUGAUAUUGCUAGAGUCUUCCUCUGCGCGAGAUGGCACCGUCAACGGCAGGCCGACCAAGUUGGCCAGCGGUGGUAUGAAGCAGCCAUCCGCAACCAGGCGCGAGUGCCGCAUGGCUCUAGAGUUGCCGCUCCAUCCAUUGCGCAUCCGGGCCAGCGUCAGAUGUCGUCAGUGUCCAGGAGUCGCCCUGCACCAGGCAACACCGACAGGUCACCUCACGGGCUCAGACAAGACCCACCGGUGCCGCUGUCAACCAACUCCGAGCCAGUGCAACCAUUCAAUCCAUUUGUGACUUCCACAAUGCUGCGGACAAACAGUGUUCCAUGGCAUGUUUCGCUGGCUCAACCAGCGAUCCUGACAUCGGUCGCUAACGUCUGGGCUGGCGUCCAAAGCUUGACGCUCAAGGAUCUCACCCUGAGUGACGAGUUCGACGACAUCCACUGUGUAUUUUGUCUGGCCGAGGAUGAUGACCUUGCAAAUGAGAGUGUGAUCUUGCGCUGUCAGUGCAAGGCGCUUUCCCACCUGGCCUGCGCGGAAGAGUGGCUGGA